AUUUAUUCAAUCUCAUCCACAACUCAGUCUCUCCUUCUCUACAAGGCACAAGCUGACCAAUUUUCACGCAGGCUCUCCUCUCAGUGAUCCUCGAAAGAGGGAAUAGAGUCACCGAGUUUGAUGGGCCUUAACUUUCCUCUUUCUUUUCUUUGUCUUCAUCUUCAUCAAUGGCCAAAUCUCUCUUUAUCUCUGCACCUAUAAACAACGCUGUACAUCUUCUGAUUCUCCAUAGAUCACCAAUCACACCUUUUCACCUUCUCCUCAUUCUCCUCCAUUCCCUCUUAUAGCCAACCUGGUUCUUCCGUUUGUUUUCUCUGUGUUAGUUUUGGUUGCUUUCAAGGAAAGAAAAAAAAACCACAUAUCAACAAUGCCAUCUGUGUUUCUUUAUCAUGUGGUGGGAGAUCUGACGGUGGGGAAGCCAGAGAUGGUGGAAUUCCAUGAGACAGAGACGGUAGAAUCUGCGAUUCGGGCAAUAGGAGAAUCGACAGAGUGUGGGAUUCCAGUUUGGAAGAGGAAAUCUCAUGUGGGCAUGAUUGAGAACAGUGAAACGAGACUACAGAGGUUUGUUGGUAUCCUUAAUUCGCUUGAUAUUGUGGCUUUUUUGGCUUCAACUGAGUGCUUAGAGGAUCGGGAUAAGGCCAUCAAGACUCCAGUCUCUCAGGUUGUUGUUCCUAAUACUUCGCUUCUCAAACAGGUUGAUCCUGCUACAAGGUUGAUAGAUGCCUUGGAAAUGAUGAAGCAAGGUGUAAGGCGCCUUAUUGUUCCAAAAAGCAUGGGAUGGAAAGGUAUGAGCAAGAGAUUCUCAAUUCUCUACAAUGGUAAGUGGCUCAAGAAUGCUGAUACAUCCAACAGCAGCAGCAAUAAUAACCUGACAAUCAACCCCAACCGUCCUUCCUCAUCUUCUGGCACUUCCAACCGCGACAAAUUUUGCUGUCUCUCUAGAGAAGAUGUCAUCCGUUUUCUCAUUGGAUGCCUUGGUGCUCUAGCUCCACUCCCUCUUUCCUCCAUCUCCUCCCUUGGAGCCAUUAACGCAAAUUACAACUCAUUAGAAGCCUCUCUCCCAGCCAUUGAAGCAACAAGAGAGCUGCCUGAAGAUCCCAGUGCGAUAGCUGUUGUGGAGCCCAUUCCAAAUGGUCAAUGUAAGAUCAUAGGGGAAAUAUCAGCCUCUAGAUUGUGGAAAUGUGAUUAUCUGGCUGCAGCAUGGGCUUUAGCAAACCUCUCAGCCGGGCAGUUUGUGAUGGGGGUUGAGGAUAAUGUCACAUCAAGAUCACUACCGGAUUUUGCAGCUAAUUCAGCAGUUGAUGAUGAUAAUACAGCUCAUGGGGCUGGUUCAACAAGGCUGAGGAAAUUCAGCAGUAGGAGCAUUGGGUUCAAUCCAGGAAACUCAAUCGGAAUUGGCAGGAGUGUUUAUAGGGGUCGAAGUGCUCCCCUGACAUGUAAAAUUACGAGCUCAUUGGCUGCAGUGAUGGCACAGAUGCUGUCUCACAGGGCAACCCAUGUAUGGGUGAUCGAGGAUCAUAGUGAUGACAUUUUAGUUGGGGUGGUUGGUUAUGCUGACAUCUUGGCUGCGGUAACAAAACAACCUGCAUCUGUUACUCAUGUGAAUCGACCUGAGGCUUUUGCAACUUUGUGUUGAACAACGAAGGUUUUGCAACUGAGUUUUUUUAAAUUUUUAUUAAUUGUAUUUUUUCUGAGUUAAGACACUGAAGAGUGGAGAUAUAAGCUUAUGGGAAAUUGUUGAUGAGUUGAAUAAUAAUGUUUUAAUAUCUGUUGUCUGAA